UGACUGAAUGCAAAUGAGUUGGUCGCCGCGUGUCUUUUUAAGUUUUUAACUAGAUAUAACAUAAUAAUAUUGAGAUUUUAUAUUUGUUCUUGAAAUAUAAUAAAAAAGUAAUAAUAUUAAGCUUAAAUUUACAUUAUAAAAUCUUGUUUAACUCGUAAGAUGCCUGACAUACAAAGUUUAUCGCUCGAAGCCAUUUACACAUCCGAAUCGAAGGGAAAUGACGAGAGUGGCGAUGGAACUGAAGAAAAACCAUACAAAACAAUUUUACGAGCAAUGCGACAAGCUGGUAAAGAACCCUUUCCGACUAUCUAUGUGGACUCGAAAGACGAAAGUAAAGCCUAUGACGUUGCUGCCAAGUCCCAGUUGAAGAAAAUACAAAAGAUUUGGAUGAGAGAAAACUAUAAAGCAGCCGAUAAAGCUAAGGCGGAAGAAGAAAGCAAUGAUAAACGACAGCAAAACAUUGAUGAAGCCAAGAAAGUCGUUAUCGAACAGGACCCUAACCUUCCAAAAGCUACUGCUAUCAAAAUUCUUGAAUCAAAGGAUCACCGUGGUGAGAGGAUAUGUGUUCGUGGAUGGGUUCACAGACUCAGACGACAAGGAAAAGCUUUAAUGUUUCUAACUCUUCGCGAUGGAACUGGAUACUUACAGUGUGUGCUGCAUGGGUUACUCUGUCAAACUUAUGAUGCCUUGGUCCUCUCCACUGAAUCUUCAGUCAUUUUGUAUGGCAAACUUGAAGCUGUACCAGAGGGUAAAACGGCACCAGGAGGGCAUGAGUUAACUGCAGAUUACUGGCAAUUAACUGGGCUGGCUCCACCAGGUGGUGCUGAUGCUAUUCUCAAUGAAGAGGCACAUCCUGAUGUACAACUUGAUAACAGGCACAUAAUGAUCCGUGGUGAGAAUACGUCGAAGGUGUUACGAGCAAGGGCAGCUGUCACUCGCGCUUUCCGAGAACAUUUCCACUCUAGACAUUAUACUGAAGUCACUCCGCCCACUCUUGUGCAGACUCAAUGUGAGGGCGGUAGUACUCUGUUCAAGUUCAGCUAUUUCGGCGAGGAAGCAUAUCUCACUCAGAGCUCUCAACUGUACUUGGAGACUUGUCUAGCAACGUUGGGUGAUGUGUACUGCAUAGCACAGUCUUACAGAGCCGAGCAGUCAAGGACAAGGCGGCAUUUGGCUGAAUACAGUCACGUGGAAGCUGAAUGUCCGUUCAUCACAUUUGAAGAGUUGCUGGACAGGAUCGAGGAUUUGGUUGUAGAUGUAGUAGAUCGGGUGCUGGCCUCACCUGAUGGAAAACUUGUAUAUGAGCUUAAUCCUGAUUUCAAGAAACCAGAGAAACCAUUUAAACGCAUGGCGUACACUGAAGCUAUUGAAUAUCUUCGGGAGCACAACAUCACUAAGGAAGAUGGAUCCUUCUAUGAAUUUGGAGAUGACAUCCCAGAGAUGCCGGAACGCAAAAUGACGGACGCGAUCGGCGUUCCAAUACUGUUGUGCAAGUUCCCGGCGGAGAUCAAGUCGUUCUACAUGCCACGGUGUGCCGACGACCGACGACUCACCGAGUCCGUCGACGUGCUCAUGCCCGGCGUCGGCGAGAUCGUCGGCGGCUCCAUGAGGAUAUGGGACUUCGACGAACUCAUGGAAGGAUACAAGAGAGAGGGUAUCGACCCCGCCCCUUACUAUUGGUACACAGACCAACGUCGUUUCGGCUCCGUUCCUCACGGAGGCUACGGCCUCGGUCUGGAGCGCUUCCUGUGCUGGCUCCUCAACCGAUACCACAUCAGGGAUGUCUGUCUGUACCCCAGGUUCCUUGAACGUUGCACUCCUUAGGUACAUUUUAAGGCCAGCUUACACUGUUCCAGUUGGACUGCUUCGAGAACUGAUUGCUUCUUGAUUCGUUGCUGGGAUGCAUAUAUAUUGAAAAUAUCUAUUUAAUAACUUUAUUUAAAAAUAUUAUCUCAAUGCUGUAUUAAAAAAAUUAUAAUAAUAAUAUCCGUGUGAGCUUUCAGUUAAUAGAAAUGAUUUUUGUUUAACACUCAUAGUCAAGCCUUAAGGAUAACUCACACUGUUCUAAUAAGACAGUUUCUAGCUCAUUUUGCUUGUUAAAAUUCUUGUUACUGGGAUUAUUUUUAAAUAUAUUAUGAAGAUUCUGUAUAAAUUAUAUAAAAAUCAAUGCUUUUAAUAUUGAUAACUUACAUUCUUUGUUAUAUUUCGUGUUUAUAGAUUAAUUUUGAACUCAACAAGUUGUUAGCACGGUUCCAGUUAGAUCAAUACUCUCAAGAACGAUGUAUAAAUAUGAAUAAUAUAGACAUAUUAGGGGCUAAAUGGUAAAACUAUUUUGAAUCCAAACCUCUGUAUAACUCUGACGUCUUGGUUGGGUACCAUAGAUAACUAACUAUUGUUAACCAACUACAACCAUAGAUAAUAACAUAAUUAUGUAUUGACAGUGUCACUUGCUUAAUAAAUAUCUUGAAUAUAGAUGUCACUUCACACUAUACUAGCCUUUCCGCAUCAGCCGUGCCCGCAGGCACUGGUAAUUCAAAAAACAGAGAGAGCGGCAGUGCCCCAAGGCACUCUUUUUACCUCACCCAGUUUUCACCCUUAUUAGGUGUACAAGAUGGUUUAUUUGCCUACGCAAUUAUGAACGAGUGAAAUCCGAUACACAUUUCGAUCCGUUACGAUUCAAGGCUACCAAUAUUCGACGUCAUAGCUUUACGGACAUAGCAUUUUUGUGUUCACUUGUUCCCGGGCGGCGCAGCGAGCGGUCGCUAUCAAGACUUUGCAGGAUGAUUGUUCUUUGUGGAGAUUUUGGUUUUAUUUUAUAAUGAACACAUAAUGGUCAUUACAAAAACAUAAAAGGAAAUAAAUAAAACAAGUAAUUAACAUUGAAAAUCAACAUUUAUUGUAAAAUAUACCUAUUUUUACACUUAUUGUCGAAUGAAAAGUCUGUGUGAAAUAAAAUAGAAACACAAUAUGAAUAAUUUAUACAUGGUCUUAUAGCUUGUUUCAAUAGCUUUCAGUGACAUUCACUCAAAUCACUCUAGUUAUAAGCAUUUUAUAACUACACGUAAAAUAAUACGCACGGGGAAAACGCUGCGCGAGCGCCGAACGCUUGCCGAUCUAAGGUGUACAUCAAGCGGCGGAGCGCGCUGAUGCGGUAAGGCUAGGGGGAACUUUAUCGACUAACUUCAUGGUGUCGCCAAAUCGCGACGCUGUGCAAGUUGUAAGUAUACGCGCCGUUAGAAUAGCUUAUAAAGAUGUGAACAUAUUCGCUUGAUUGUACUAUCUAGCUUGUUAUGUAAGAGCCUGUCCAGAUGAAGCGUUUUACGCGCGAGUUCACUCGCGCGUUUUGAUUUGUAUUGCGUCCAGAUGCGGCGUAUCACGCGCGUUCUCGCGCGCAUGUGUUGGAGACGGAUUUGAGCAGUUAAACAUGGACUCGGAUACAGCGGUUGUGUUGUGGCUUGCAUACCGUCGAUGGAGACGUCGUAAACAAAGAGAAAGUCGACGAUUUAACGUACAUCCCAUUCUACGUGAUAGAAUGACGCAUAGUAUGUUUAUAACUUUAUACCCAAAACUCAGAGAACAUAGUGAAAAGUUUUUCAACUACUUUCGGAUGUCAAUAGCAUCGUUUGAUAAUUUACUAGAAAUUAUCAAAGAAGAUUUGUCUCCAUGUCAAAAUUAUAUGGUACGGGAUACUGUUUCUGCAGAAGAAAAACUCGUGAUUACUUUGAGGUAAUAUUUUUUAUUGCUUUAGUAAUACCUUAAGUAACAAUUAUAAGCCCAAUUAACAAAAAUAAAGAAUUUAAACAAAAUUAACAAAAAUUAGGAAUCAUCAUUCUUAUAUAAUAUAGGUAGGUACUUAAGAUUUAAUUUAAUUAUCGUAUAGUUCCAUUAAUUCAGAUUCAUUGGAAUCUUGUGUAGAUGCCGGUGAAGGGUGUUUGUAGCUAGACGUCGUUGGUGGUCGUGACGCAGUGCAAUAACCUCGAUUGUAAGUCGAAAAGGUUUCAGGUGGAAACGAAGAUGUUGAAGGGUCUGUUGUGGUAUAUCCUGUUUCUCCAAAAUAAUCUCUCUGUCCACGUUGUGUCAUUCCUGUUUGGUAAUGAUAUUGUGUCGAAGGUUGGUAGUCGGAACGAGCUGCUGCAGGUCUAAGACACAGAGCUUGUUGAGCUUGAAGUACUUUCAUUAAUUCAAUUUUUGUUUGAAGUCUGUUUUCCUCUGGUACUUUAAGAAGCUCUUUGUGUAAGGACAAACAAAAUAGUUUGUCAUCAUCUGACUCUAUUUGGUUUGUUGCCUGUGGCUGAUUCCCAGAUGCUAAAUUUGUUUUUAUGAUUGAGAGGAAUUCUUCGUCAGCCGCAUUUAGUUUUUUCUUCUUUUUUGCCUGACUACGUGGAGGUCUCAUCACAUCUUCCCCAUCGCCAGAAAACUCCUGUUCUUCAGUUGCAACACACGCGGUGUUGAUGUUGCUCUCAGUUAUUUUAUUCCGUGUCGAUCUUUCGAGAAACAUCAAACGUUCAAAAUAAAUAUAUUUGGCUUUGCCGGAGGCUCCUGAUCCAGACGGUGUGGUUUUCUUCUUCUUCAUUUCUCUCACAAAGCCAUCACGCAACCCUUUCCACUUCUUCUGCAAUAAAGUACCUGUAAAUAAUAAAAAGAUCGAAAUAAAAUAAUAAUAAUUAUUUUACUUUCUUUUCAGAUAUUUGGCCACAGGAUGUUAUUUUGCGGAUCUGCAUUAUGCCUACAGAUUAGGAAAGUCUACAGUUAUCGAAAUAGUACAGAAAACCUGUUACAUCAUGUGGAACAAACUGCUAAACAUAGUAAUGAGACAACCAACGAAAGCUAAAUGGAAAGAAAUUUCGAAACAAUUUCAAAAAUACACAAAUUUUCCAAACUGCAUCGGUGCCAUUGACGGCAAGCAUAUCCGUAUUAUAAAACCUAACGAUUCUGGGUCUCUUUACUAUAACUAUAAGAGUUAUUUUUCAACUGUUUUGUUGGCCGUAUGUGAUGCAAAUUAUUGUUUUAUUGCAGUGGACAUAGGCGCAUAUGGAAAAAGUAAUGACUCCACAAUUUUUAAAGACUCUAUUUUAUAUAAAAAACUUGUCGAGAAAACUUUAGAUAUUCCAGAUCCAAAGCCAAUAUCGCAAACAGAUGCAACCCCCUUACCUCAUGUCAUAGUAGGAGAUGAGGCGUUUAGUCUGUCUGAAAAUAUAAUGCGCCCUUACUGCGGUAGAUCUCUAACAACCAAAAAAAAAAUUUUCAACUAUCGCUUAUCCAGGGCCCGGCGUUACAUUGAAUGUUGCUUUGGCAUCUUGGUAAAUAAAUGGAGAAUAUUUCAUAGACCGUUGAAUGUGGAUAUAGAAUUUGCAAUAAACAUAAUUAAGGCUUGUUGUGUUCUCCAUAACUACGUAAGGUUAAGGGAUGGCUAUAGGUAUGAUCACACUCUCUACGAAACAUCUCUGAAUAAUUUGAACAAUGAGGCAGUGAGGCCUAAUGCGAGAUCAUUGAAUAUAAGAGAUAGAUUUGCUGAUUAUUUUGUAAACGAAGACAAACUCCCUUGGCAAGAUAAAAUGAUAUAGUUUAACAAUGUAAAAUCUAUGCAAAUAAUAAUAUUAUUUAAUAAAGUAUUAUUUACUUACCUAAAGUUUUUUUUUUCUCUUCGGAAUCACCAACUUCACAAAAAAUUUCCACUAUUUCUUCCCAGUUCCUACGUUUAAUGGUUCUAUUAGAAUAAUCUGAUGAUUCCAUGUCCCAUAGAGCUACCCUUUUCUCAAUUUCGUCGAUAAAAAGUUCCGUGUCAAAGUUAUCACGCUCCAUUUUGAACCAAAUACGUCCACUCGCCACGGACACGCGCGUAGUACUGGACGCAGCACAGGCCCCCGAGUACCUCGACUCGCGCGGCGCUCGCGCAUGGGACGCGCGAGUCGAGAGUCCCGCUCAUUGCACGCGUUUUACGCGCGAGUGAGGAAACGCGCGUAGGCAUCUGGACGGGAUGUACGUAGCUCUAGUACCUCGGUUACGCGCGAGUGUCAACGCGCGAGUGAACUCGCGCGUAAAACGCUUCAUCUGGACAGGCUCUUAGCUUAUUACCGUUAAUUGAAAUAUUAAAUAUUUAAAUAAAUAUACAAGAUGUACAAGGCUGGUUAUUAAACGUUGUUAUGAUUUGA